AUGACUACUCCCCAAAACUUCCCUUUCUAUUACUUUUCUCCACCACCUCCUCAGUACUACCCAAACCCUCCGUAUGUUACGCCGCCACCAUCAACUCCAUCCUGGUCUGUCACACCACCAAAGCCACCAACUCCAGCAGUCUCACCCCCAGCACCAAAGCGACCUACUCCUCCUACAGUUUCACCACCAUCACCAAAGCCGCCAACUCCAAUAGUGUCCCCACCACCACGCAAGAAGCCAACUCCACCAAUGGCACCACCACCAAAAAAGCCGCCAACUCCAGCAGUGAGAGCACCACCGCCACCCCGUCAUUUCAGUCCCCCACCAUCUCCCACGAUAAAACCGCCACCUCGUCCUCUUGCUCCACCUCCUCCUCAUAUUGUUCCACCAUCACCUGGACCUUCGCACCACACCACAAUCAUUAUUGUAUUUGUAUCCUUGGGUGGUCUUUUCUUUCUUGCAUUCCUCUCAGUAGCUCUGUGUUGCUUUAUUAAAAAGAAGAAGAAGAAGAUAUCUCAAAAAUCUGAGAUCAUAAGCAUUGAUGGACAUAGGAAGGUGCAGGAAAAAAUUGUGCCUGGCCCAAAUGGUACAGAAGCUGUAAUGCUUACCAUUGAUGAGGAUAUCCAUAUUCAGGAAGCAAUCAAGAAGAACGAAACAGUUGGUGAAGGUUUACAUGCAAAGUCUGUAGAGAGUAACGCAGUCCCCCAUGGCAAUGGUAAUAGCUCUGCAGAAAACACUUCGCGAACUGCUGACGUUGGAGCAUCUUCUUCCAAUUCUAAUCAUUAA